AUGGUUUUGAUCUCAUCCAAAACCCUCAUCCAGGCACAUGCCGUGCUCCUGCUAGUCAUCGCGGGUUACCUCGUCAAGAACCCGGAGACGAUCACCGACUCCGACCUAGUGUUUAUGCUAGGCGAGAGCCUGAACAUUAACUUCCCCUCAAUGUCCAGCUCCCAAAAGACCAACCCCUUCACCUUCUGCGCCGUGCUGCUCUUCGCCGAGGCCCUCAUCGACUUGGUCCUCCUAUCCAACAUCCCCUUCCACGAAGCCCUCGACGAGGCCCUACCGUUCAUCCGUCCCCUGCGAAACGGCAAUCUCCCCGCGGAGGAUCUCCGCGUUUUGGAAACGCUACCCGAGUACAUCACCAAGUCCUUGACGGUCUAUUGGAACGUCUGGGUUGCCAUUUCCGGCUGUCGGUUCCUGGUGUACGGCGCCCUUGCGUUCUUUGUUUACUAUGGCCGUGGCGAAUACAUGCUGUCGUCGUAUACCUCUGUAGUGGCGACGUCGGGCUUGAACCGGCUGAAGCAUCGUGUGGUUUUUUCGUUUGGGUUUAUGGAGAUGAUGACCUGGUUCUGGAUCUUCAGCACGCUCCGUGAUGAGCGACAGGAGCGAUUGACCAAGCUCCUGGAAGACGCUCGCGAGAAUUGA